AUGUUUGCUGACGCCGAGGAACGAAGUGGUGAAAAUGUUGUACAAGCAAUACAAGAAAAUAAAGUUCCUGUGGCUUUUCUUGUUAUGUUAUUAGUUCAAUUUAUACUAAUUAUAAUUGAUCGUGCACUUUAUCUUCGUCGUAAUGUAUGUGGUAAAUUAUUCUUUCAAUUAUUUCAAGUCAUAGCGGUACAUGUAUGGUUAUUUUUUGUUUUACCUGAAAUAACUCGAACGAAAUUCAGUGACAACAUUAUCGCUCAAUUUUGGUACUUGUUCAAAUGUAUUUAUUUUGGUUAUUCAUCAAUACAAAUACGAUUAGGUUAUCCACAACGUAUUGCAGGAAAUUUUUUUAUGAAACGUUUUAAUUAUAUUAAUCAAAUGUUAUAUCGAAUUUAUUCAAUAAUCCCAUUUUUACUUGAAUUAAGAAGAAUUAUGGAUUGGAUCUUUACAAAUACAGCACUUGGUUUAACAAGUUGGUUUCAAUUAGAAGAUAUUUAUGCAGAUGUUUAUCUAAAUAAAUGUGCAAGAUGGACAGAAAAAAAAUAUCCAACAAAACGUGGUGUACCUCGAUCAAAACUAUUGAAAUAUGGUAUUGCUGGUUUAUUAUUCGCUUUGUUAAUAUUAAUAAUAUUGUUUCCAUUAUUAUUCUUUUCAUUGUCGUCAUCAUUUUAUCAAUCAAAUCCACCAACAGAAGUUUAUGUUGAAAUUAAAUUAGGUGGUUAUUUACCAAUUUUUAAAAUGACAGCACAAGAUACUGAUAUAGUUUCAUUUAAAUCUGCUGAUUAUAAUAACUUACGAUCGUCAAUUUAUUCAUCAAAUCUCGGUCCAAGAGUUGAAGAUACUGCUUAUGCAUUUCUACGUGAUUUUAAUCCGGAUGAUAUUCGAUGUGUAAAUUUAUUUUCAAGAAGUGUUGAUCUAUGGGAAACAAUACCUGUGCGAUUUUCUUAUACAAUCACACGUAAUCCACCAAAUCGACAUGAUUCAGAACCUAUAACAACAGUUGUGACAAGUGAAAAUAUAGUUGAAAUUACACUCGACGAUCAACAAAUUCGAACAGCACUUAUUGAAAUUCUUAAUGAAACUUUUGAUUCUCGAACAACGACGCAAUUUACAAUUAACAAAUUAUUGCCACGAUUUUUACAUGUUAAACCAAAAGCAAAACCACGGCAUAUUGAUCCAUUCAAAACAAUUUUUCCAUAUGAAUAUUUUGGAAAUAUUACAAUGAGCCUUAAUCGUGCAACAUCAGUAGCAAAUAGUACUGACGUUUGGUGGUCAGUGUUUGAAAAUCGUACAGAAUUUCAAGUUUCUCCAUCAUGUGAGUUGAAAACAAACGGUUGAUUUGUACUACGUAAUUAAUAAGCUGAGUAUAGAAUUCGACAUUAAAGUAGUAUAAAAACCGGGAAAUUAUUUUGAAGUUUUUUUUUUUUUUUGAACAAUUGUCUCUAUCGCGAAGAGUCACUAAUGAUUUGAAUAUAGGAGCGUUCUCAAAAAAGGGAUCUAGGGAAUCUUGAUCACUUCAGAAAGAUUAUAAGACUUUAACACGAUGUGAGUAUAGGUUGGGUGGUGUGGAUGGGUGCAAAUAUGAGUCAGAGAUGUCCAUCGCGCCGCUGCAGCGGCAGUUUUUUUUUAAAGAUUAGCGCGGCGCGGCAGAUCAUUCAUAACGGUGCCGCGGCAGUGGCGCGGCAGCGGCUUUUCAUUUUUUUAGCCACCGCGGCAGCGGCGCGGCAUGAUUUUUUUGCAGAAAUUUACUCUAUAAUUCUAAAAAAUUUCUAGCUUCACAGCUAAAAUUAAACUAGUCUUUCACAUAAAGUAGACAAAUUAAAUUCUUUUUCUAAAUGUUGCAUUUUACGGUGAUUUUAUUGAACUGAAGCUAUUACAUGAAAAAUUAUAAAGCUACCAUUUCCUUCAGAUUCUUUCGUUGUUCAAUGAAGAACUUAAAUAGUCAAUGUGAUCUCAGAAGCUAUACUUGUUCUAUAUAUACUUAGAAGUUAUUUGUUACU